UGCUGCUGUGCCAUGUUUCUCGGACCCCACCCUUCAAGUUUCCAGCAGUUGACCUCUACCAAGCCACAGACAUCCGUUUAUGGAAUAGGAGCCAUUUCCUACCGUUUUCCGUUCCUAGGGAGUCAGGUCUCCCAUAUUUGCCUGUCCUAUCGAUCCCUACCAAACUCGGUUUGAUGCGCUGCCUGCGACGUUUUUCAGCGGAAACGAGGGAUGAGUAGAAGCUUAAUUUCAAUCCGCGAGAUUGUUCCUGCUUCGCGGUAACACACGACAAGGACAUUCUUAAGGUCCCCCCGUCCGCUUCGCGCGAUUCACGAUGGCUGCGAGGCCGAACCUCCUAACAUCGCGCUUCCCUGACGGGAUCAACCAGCGCAUUAUCCGGGAGAAACUGAAGCAAUUACGGCUACCCACUACCAACAUAGGCAAGGCGCUCGUGGGCGUAGUGGCGCUCGCGCUGCUCAUGCUUAUCUACCUCUUCUCGCGAUCCACGUCACAAUCGCCCAGCGCCAUACUGCCUUGGGGCCAUGACAGGUUGGUGCGCGACGCGGCGGAGCUACAGCUGUGCCGGAUCGACCUGGAGCGCAUGCGGCGGGAGGGGGGCGGGCUGGCGGACCUGAACAAGUGCCAGGAUAGGCUCGUGCGACUGACGGGCACGGGGACUAUAACCAACCCUAACGGCACCGCCCCUGCGCCUUUCGAGGACGUGGACGGCAUGAGCGCCGCCGAUCUGAAGAAGGAAGUCAUCAACCUGCGGCUGGAGAUGAGUAUUCUGCAGCAGGAGAAGCUUCGGUUGGAGAGCGCGGAGAAAGAGCGCGCUGUCUGGGACAACGCUCUCGUCCCCAAAUCGGCAGUGGAGGGCGCGCGCACGGUGGUGGCAGCGCACACAUGUCCCGUGGUGCCGGAAGCGCUGGUCAACGGCACGCAUGUCAGCGCCAUCUCAGGCCUGGCCGAAGUCAUCGCCGCGGCAACGGCAGAGGCGAUCAACGCCUCUGUUGCUGCUGCUGCGAGUGGGAAUGGGACGGAUGGCAGCAGCGGGGGGAGCGGGGCGACGGUUUUUCCGGUGGUGCCGAAUGACGCUGUGCUGGCUGCUGUUGCUGGGAAUGCUAGCAGCAGGGAGGGGGAGAAUGUGACUCUGGCUAGGUGGAAUGGCUACGAGUGUGUGGCGACGGUGGAGGACAUGCGGCGGUACCUGAACUACACGGUGCGGGGGGAGUGUCCGCACGACUGGUUCUUCGUGCAGCGCCUCAUGUUCAUCAAGAGCUGCUUCUCGCUGCCGCGCCGCCGCUGCUUCACCAUCACGCCCCGCGCCGUGCAGGAGCCCAUAGCGCGGCCCAAGUCGCUGCUCUCGCAGGGCGCGCUGAUGGACUCGAACGUGCGGUGGGACCUGCACCAGUGCAAGUCGUUUGCGUGCCUCAACUCGCGCGCCGAGGGCGACUGCCGCAACUGCUUCAACAUGACGCUGGAAGCCAACCGCUGGAAGGCGCCCUUCAGGGGGUCCAUCACCAUGGCUGCUGUCAUCGCCAUGAAGCCCGGCUCGCUCAGGCUGGGUCUGGACGUGGGCGGCGGCACGGGGAGCUUUGCAGCGCACAUGGCGCGGUACGGCGUGACAGUGAUGACCACGGCGUACAACGUGGAGACCACCGCCAACCGCACCGGCGGGCUGCCCUACAUGGAGGCCAUCGCGCUCAGAGGGCUCAUUCCGCUGCACUUGCCGCACAAAGCGCGGCUGCCGCUGUACGACGGCACACUGGACAUAGUGCACACGGUGAACAGUGUCAAGUACCUGCCCAUGUUGGAGUUCGAGGAGAUGCUCUUCGAGUGGGACCGCGUGCUCAGAGGAGGCGGGCUGCUGUGGCUGGAGAUGUUCUACGCACCCAAGGUGGAGAUGCCGGCGUACGUGGCGCUGAUUGAGGUGCUCAACUACAGCAAGCGCUACUGGCACUACUCGCCCAAGAACGACGCGGGCGAGCGCGAGGGCGAGCACGUGUACCUCAACUGUGUGCUCGAGAAGCCAUUCCGCCCCGGCACGCAGGUGCUGGAUGGACCCCUCAAGGAAGACCUCGCGUGGGAUUAGUUAGUUGGUUGGUUGGUUGGUUGGUUGGUUUCUUGAAUAAACCGCUUGAAAAGCAGCACGAGAAGCCCUUACGCCCCAGCAGUCGCAAGCAGGUGCUGGACGGGAGGGGCAUCUGAAGGAAGGCCUCGCAUCGCAUGGGAUUGAUUGAGUUUGGAGAAGCCUUAGAGGGCUGUGGAAGGGCUUCUCAAACCUGGAGAGAGGCCCUUCCGCCGGCCGGGCAUGCGGGUGCUCGACUGGACCCCACAUGGGAUUCGAGAGAUAGUUUGGGUUGGGGGACUUCUCGAAAAGCAGCUCGAGAGAGAGACGACUGGAGAAGCGCUUCCGCUCCGGCACUUAGGUGCUGGACAGGAGUCAGGAGGACGCCGGGACGGGCCUCUGAAAGUGGGAUUAGGAUUAGGGCCUCGCAUAGCAUGGGGUUAGGACCUCGCAUCGCAGGGGAUUAGGGCUAUCCAUCCCUAGUGUGGCAGUUGGUUCUCGAAAGGCGCUCCUUGGGCGUGUAGAAUGCCACUGGGAUGGGGUGGGGCUUAGCACAAGCGGUAUCUCUUGCCUUGUUCUGCUGCUACUGCAUGCACGCAUGCAUGCAGCCAUGCGGCAGUGCUAUGCUAAUGCUACCUGGAAUGCAAUGCCCACUGGUUGUGAAAUGUCGGUCGUUCCGUGUUGUAGGUAGUGGCAUGGUUGCCUGUCUUGCACACUUGCCUCCAUUCAACUCUCCAUAAUACCGGUAUUCUACAGAAGCAUUGUGAGGCUCUGUCAUGAUGGUACCGGUAACAUGUAAUUAUGUUA